UAUCAACAUCCAAACGAAUUUCGGCACGUGGGUCGUUAUUAAAGAUAAGAACAUUUUGAGAUCGUUCCGAUUUCACUGAAACACAAACUGAAUCGCUAACAAUAUGCCAUCGCUUGAUGUUCUGCUAUUACUGCAGAUUGCCGUCGUUGUUAUGGGAGCAAUCCCUACCCACCAGCCCCACAUCACUCUCAAGCCUACUUCUGGCGGUGGGGAAGUAGACGCCGCCAUAAUGAAUCUCGACGUCCACUAUAACGACGCGCUGUGUCUUGCGCUCCUAUUGGUCGACUGCGCUACCCACGUGACUAACGGCGAUGAGCAAGUGUGCGGCUCCAAUGGGAUAACCUAUGACAACCACUGUCGUUUCACCCACGCAGUCUGCGAGACGCUUAAUUUUAAAGACCAUAAAAUAACAUUGAAAAGCCACGGCGCAUGUCCUCACAUCGCCGUUUCAAUCACAACGUCAGUCUCCAACACAACGCCGGCCACAGUCUCCAACACAACUCUGUCCACAGUAUCCCACACCACUGACUCCUCAGGCGACAUGAUGUUUAAUCUCUUCUGUACCAACGUCGCGUCAAUAACGUGCCCCAGCGAAUUAAAAGUGAUAUGCGGGUCGGAUAGCCAGUUCUAUCCCAAUAUGUGUGUCUUCACUAAAGAGAGAUGCAAGAAUACGUCACUGACCAUCAGUCAAGAUCCAAACCGAUGUUAGUUAUUUGUGCCCGAUUUGUUAUGUAUUUUAAAAUACAGCCAGUCCAGAUCGAAA